AGCUGUCACUUUUUCGGACACCCGCGAUAAUGGCACAGUUCGUGACGUUUGCCAAGCUCGGUUACCAAAGAAAUUUGUUUUUAAUUCGUAAAUUCUCCGCGUUUUGUAAGUUAAAUUCUUCUCCAUCCCAUCUGCGUUCUGUUGGCAAUGACUACAAGUUCAUAUCAAAACGACUCUUCUCCGCCAAGGUUACAUCCGCAUCAGCUUCGGCGAACGACUCAAAUGAGCAUCGGAAGGUGAAAAAAUUUUCGCCGGUUGGCGGAACCGUCCUGGGUAAUGUUUUUGGAAGAAAUCGCAAGAAGACAGGUGUAUGGCAGCCUGUACGAUACUGUUUUCAUCCAGGCACAGCAUCUAUAGCGCGAGAGUCUCUAGGGAAUAUCAAUGCUCCCGAAGUAACAUCGCAGGACAUGCUUAAAGCUAUGAUGGCGUAUAUAUGGCCGAAAGAUGACGAAAUGGUUAAAAAGAGAGUCAUGAUUUCACUGAGCUUGUUGAUAGGAUCGAAGGUGCUUAACGUGUGUGUUCCAUUUCUAUUCAAAGAGGGAAUCGAUACUUUGAACGUGCUUAACAUGAAUUCAGCUCCGGAAACAGCAAUGGCGCUCUCUCUUUCGUUAUUGAUAGGAUAUGGUAUUGCAAGAGCAGGAGCAGCUGGGUUCAAUGAACUGCGGAACGCAGUGUUUGCGAAGGUGGCUCAACAUUCAAUUCGUAAAAUCGCAACAAACGUAUUCUUACAUUUGCACCAAUUGGACUUAUCCUUUCAUCUAUCGAAGCAAACUGGAGCGUUAUCAAAGACAAUCGACCGAGGAUCACGUGGUAUAAACUUCGUUCUUACUGCAAUGGUUUUCAAUAUCGUGCCGACAAUUUUCGAAUUAGCUUUAGUAUCCAGUAUACUUGGCCUUAAGUGCGGAGCAGCUUUUGCGGGAGUAUCAAUGGGCUGCGUAGGAGUUUAUGCGGCUUACACCCUAGGGGUGACACAGUGGAGGACCAAAUUCCGUCUGUUCAUGAAUCAAGCAGAAAAUGAAGCUGGGAACAAAGCAGUUGAUUCUUUAAUAAACUACGAAACUGUAAAAUACUUUAACAACGAACACUAUGAAGCUACAAGAUAUGAUCGUGUUCUGAAAAAAUACGAAGCAGCCAGUUUGAAAACAAGUACGAGUUUGGCACUUUUGAAUUUCGGUCAAAACGCAAUCUUCAGUGCAGCUCUGAGUACAAUAAUGGUUCUCGCCGCUAAAGAGAUCGCGCAAGGAAAUAUGACUGUUGGCGAUUUGGUUAUGGUUAAUGGGCUCCUCUUCCAAUUGUCCAUACCACUCGGUUUCUUGGGGAGUGUCUAUCGAGAAGUUCGACAAGCCCUCAUCGACAUGCGUUCAAUGUUCAUGUUAAUGAAUGUUGAGACGGCAAUCGCAAAUAAAUCCAAUGCUCCAUAUUUAGCCAUUGGGCCCGACAAUGCAACGAUCGAAUUUUCAGAUGUGUCAUUCCAAUACGAAGAAGGUAAACCAAUCCUGCAGCGAAUGUCAUUCUCCAUACCAGCUGGAAAAAAGAUAGCAUUCGUUGGAGGUUCCGGUUCAGGGAAAUCAUCAAUGGUUCGUUUAUUAUAUAGAUUUUUUGAGCCCAAUACGGGUGUGAUAAAGAUUGGUGGGCAGAAUAUUCGCGAUGUAGAUCUCGAUAGCCUGCGCAAAUCGAUUGCAAUUGUGCCUCAGGAUUCCGUUCUUUUCCACGACACAAUUGGCUAUAAUAUUGGUUACGGUGAUUUGUCGAAAGGUCAAGCAGAAAUCGAGCAUGCCGCAAAAAUGGCUGACUUGCACGAAUCAAUUUUACGAUGGCCAAACGGCUAUCAAACACAGGUCGGCGAACGAGGUCUUAAACUAUCUGGUGGAGAAAAACAACGAGUUGCAAUUGCGCGUGCGAUUCUAAAGAAUUGUCCAAUAUUGAUUUUCGAUGAGGCUACAAGCAGUUUGGAUUCAAUUACGGAAUCGAAUAUCCUCAAUGCACUUCAUCGUGCCACGGAAGGUCGUACAAGUAUUUGCAUAGCUCAUCGUCUCUCAACAGUAAUGGAUGCUGAUGAAAUCUUCGUCCUGGACGGUGGUCGAAUUGGUGAACGCGGAACACAUGCGGAGCUUUUAAGGAAGAGUGGCCUUUAUGCGAAACUCUGGGAAACCCAAAAUAAAUUCUCCGUUCCUUUGAAAGCGUGAAGCAUCCGGGAUUUUUCCUUGUAAAUUUAAGUGGAAAAGGAACAGAAAUUGUUGUUAUAAUACUUGUUAUUUCUCAUGGAUCAUGUGCUAAUCUUGAAAAACACUUUAUUUUUUUAACUGUAUAGUGAUUGACUUACUUCCACCGGUUUUAUUCUGUAGAGUGAAGAACAAAAAAUCUUCUGAUUCGUUGUAAAUAAAUAUGUAUGUACAAAUUGUAUAAAAAAGCGAGCUAUGGCGGCGGACGAUGAAGAAUUUCACAAUGUAUAUGUUACAUUUAACGAAAAAUAAAAAAGUAUAUUAAGGAUCAAA